UGUCUCCGUUUUCGCGACUGGCUUCACGUGACCGGAACGGUCUAUUGAUUCUUGGAGGCAGUGCAUGCGCCCUCGUCCUCGCGAUAUCUAGUGGUAAAGGGGUAUGUUACGUUGCUCGGGUUCUGUUCGUCAACGCUAGAGAUACAAAGGGGCUGUCAGAUGUAGAAAGUGAAGGGGUGAAACGAGGGGAAGAAUACGGAGAGGAGGUUGGAGAGAAUAGCGGAGAAGGCAGUCGUUGAUGCAGUAAAAAAGCUCGAGGAGGAGGAAAACGCGGACCAUGCCAGGACAAGGAGCGAAGUGGUGACCUAAAACUCAUCCUCGGCACCGACCCUCGAUGCUCACGCUACGGCUGGUGUCGACUCACUUCUUGAAGCAGCCAUAGGCAGUGCCCUUCGCCUCAGAGAAAGGGCUCGAUGCGAUGUGCCGUGAUAGGGACAUGAACCCAAAACUAGUCGAGUCAAACGAUCUCUGUUUAACAUCGUAUCGGUUCUCAAUAUCGGCUUAAGGACAUCCGCGUUUGGACAAUUUAACACACGCGACCGUACCUCCUCGACGAAGGACUAUUUAAUUAGCCGUAUCUCGCUGUGUUCAACGUGGAGAAUAACAUAUUUUCCUCCUUCGAUUUUCUUCCACCUCCUUACAACUCCUGUGAUCCCAAUAUUUACCCCACAUUAUCGUUCCUUACCCGUACGUUUCAUGUUUGAAAAAAAUACGCUAGACGCGUGACGAACAACGAAAGUGAACACGAGGAAGAUUCUUGUGGCCAGUUCGAUCAACCGGAAGGUUCGAGAAUUCCUCUUCUGUUUGUAAGACGAUCUAUUCGUCGAUCGCGAAGUCGAAACAAGGACAAGCUGAUAAAAAAAAAGAGGUGCAGCUUCGAAGUAGCUUCCAGACUGUACUCCAUUUAUUUCAAUCUGUGGAGGGUCGCGAGGGAGUGCAUUUGCGGCGACGGCGGCGGUUCACGGUGUAGACAAAGUGGGAUGAGACGUCCUCAGCAGGAACAUCACCACCAUCUCCACAACAACCAACAUAAUCACCUUCAUCACCACCACCUUCACCACAAUCACCAUCAUCAUCAUGGAUCUUCGACGAGUCCUACACGCGUACGACAAGUUCACGAGAAGGACGAGUCUCGUUUAGCGAAAGUGAAACGCGUCUUGGCUGUCUCGUUGUUGGGACGUAACGGAGGAUCCACGAGGGUCUUUGGUAGCCGGUUGGACACGAUCGAGCCGUAUCUCGACACCGGGGUACCUUUCGUUGUGCAUCGACUGUGCAGCUACAUCGAAGCUCAUGGAUUUCAAAGUGCUGCCGUGUUUCGCCUGUCUGGUGGAAGUCCUAGGCUGGCGGAGAGACUGAGAGCGGCUUUCGAGCGAAGAGGGGACGCCGAUUUGGAAGCUGCUGCCUGCCCUCCUACUGCGGCCACGCUUCUUCGACAGUAUUUGAAAGAAUUACCUCAACCAGUUGUACCAUCCACUCUUGUCGCCAGACUAUUGGCUAUUCAUGCUCAGAAUUAUUCCAACGAUCACGACUGCUGGAUCAAUUCGACGAAGGAGGUUCUAUCGUCUCUGCCAGCUUCUCACUAUCGACUACUCGGUUACCUUUCCCUUUAUCUGAGCAAAUACGAAGCCCAACAUGGACGUAGCGCCGGCGUUUGCGGUGUGUUCGCACCUGUGAUUCUACCUCACGUUCCACCCGCUACCACGCUCCUUCGAGAUAUUUUGGCCGACGCCUCUCUAGUUUUUCCUGAUUGCAUCCGUGAUAACGUGGUGAACGGCGUGAUCCCUGCUAGUGACUGUAAAAUCUGCAAGGACGAAAAAGACGAGCAGCCGAAAGACUCUGAAGCAUCUUCUCUGCUUUGCGCGCUGAAACCGCGUAAACGUAAGGAACGUCGCGAGUCCUGUCAAGAACGAAAGCUAAUAAGAAGCAACAGCGAAGAACGCGUUCUUGAAAGUCCAACCGAGACUGCGGACACGAUUAGACGCGUGAGCAGUCACGAGGAUUUCAACAGCGAAGAACAUUUGCUCGUUUUGUCUCAAAUUGGGCAAGAAAUGGGUCACGGAGUGAGAUGCGGAGGACUUCCUCUGCACGAAAGAACAAACGUCUCGCCUGUAUCUAAGAAAAUUCCACCGAUUCCAUCGCCUUGCGAAACCGCUCUAGAAACCGAGAAAUUCGAAUGCGAUGCCGAGAAACUGAGAAGCAGCGAACGUUUCAGUCGAAGUAUCACGCCGAGAGGAAGAAGGCAAGCUCGAAGAAGAAGAGUGCACAAGACCACUGAUGCCGAGAGUUCGAGCAAGGAAAACGAGGAAGAACCUGAUAACAUUUAUAACAUUUCGUCGAGUCCCAGUAGUCGCAAUGGUUCUCCAGCUCAAAGUUUUUUGGAAAUGCUCAGCAGUGGACCCAGUCGAUCACCAUCGCCCGCUCGUCCGCCAACAGUUGAUCACGAAGAUUUAAAUAAUCCUAGUUUAACGAAUUGGACUUUCCAAAGACAAGAAAGUGAAGAAGCUGAUGCCCGAGUAGAAGCUAUGCUCUCCCCACGAAAUUCUUUAUUGUUACCUAGGCGCUUUUAUUCUGAAGAUGAGAUACAACCAAAUACUCCAAACGUCGCGGAGCUUGGAUUGAAAAACUUAACAAAACAUAUAAACGGCUUGAAGAAAAAGAUAAAAAAGUACGAAGAUGAAUUCGAAGAAAACUUUGGUUAUCGUCCAAGUCAUUCUGAUAAGAUGAGCAAUAGGGACAUAAAGAGGUUGUGUACAGAGUUGAAUAAGUUGCGAAAGGAGCAUAAGUUGUUAAAGGAAGAUCCAGUUAGCGCGUUAUUAGCUAACGCAAAUAACAGAUUAAGUAACGGUAGUCCAACGAAUAAUAAUAAUAGUCAAGAAAAGUCUAGAGCUACGUCGAUGGAGGAAAUGGUUAAAGAAGUAGAAAAGAAACUUAGCGAAAAGAGAUUAAAAUACAACAGACCCGAUAACAUGGAAGAACUUACUUACGAACAACUAAUGGAUGAAAAAACUGCCGUUCAGAAGUCUUUGCUUCAUAUCGAGAAUACAUUCGGCAGACCGGUUUCGAAAGAAGAUAGAACUGUUGUGCGACCUUUAUACGAUAGAUAUAGAACUUUAAAAAGAUUACUCAUUAGGGCAGGAGUGAAUAAAAAUAAGGAUAGUAUCUCAGAAUUAGCGACUAUUUUGGAACACGAAGCAAUGGACUUCACGUCGUCCAACUUACCUAGUAAUCAGUCUGAUGCAGAAAGAAGAGCGAGUGAACCGGAUAUGUCGCAUAGAGGUAUUUUGGAUUGUAUAGAUUCGGUUGAUCAAUUACCAACUGACAGUGAUAGUCAGCAUAGCAGUAGCGAAGGAAGCCGCAGCAACAAUGAAAGUCUUCACGCGCUUCCACAAGAAGAAUUAUUGGUGCAACAAAAAUUAACCAGGGAAGAGAAAAAACGUUUGCGACGAGCUUUGAAAGAAUUAGAAGCACAAUUUGAAGCUCGAGCUGGUCGUAGAAUGCAAAGAGAAGAUCGUGGACCGCAGGUCAACACAGUUUAUGAAUCGUAUAAACAGGCUAAAGCAAAGCUUAGACUGAUUGACGCUCUUGUGGCUAAAAACGCUUGACGCAGUAUCUAAUUGGUGUUGUAAAUUUUAACACGCAACCACGGUAACGAUACAAAGAAUCUUCAACAUCCUGAAACGUGUGAAAUAUGCACAGUGAUUAUAUUAUACAAUCGAUAAAUUAUAUUGUAUUCUUACAAUUGUAACUGAUACCAUUGUGCAAUAAGGAAGAAUGUUUGAGCGAAAGCAUGAAGGCAAAACAUCAUCUGUUGAAACAGGAAAUGUAAUAUAAUACAUAUGACAAUUUGAAUUUAUUCAAAAAUCAAAACGUUUUAAGAGAAGGAGCAAACGAAUACUUGUAGCUAAAAUCGUUCCUGUGUCGAUGAUAAUGGUUCAAUGGUCAACAUAUUCAAUUAAUAGAAAAAUAUUUGAGAUAUUCAAUUUUCUUACAAUGCCAAUGAAAAUAAUUAUUGUACGCGAUAAAACAUGAUUACAUACAACAUUUCAAGGAACGAUUUCGAUUAUUAUAAUUAACGACGUCAUUUUGAUAAGAUCUAAUCAUUUCGAUGACUCUUACGGACACACCAGAAUUUCAUCACGUGAUAUCAUGCGAUAAUAAAGGAUAAGGUUACUACCAAAGUAGCAUUUCGAACUCUAAGCACUAUUAGAAAAUAACAGUGGCUAUGGCAUUACAAAUAUGAAAGCAAUCUGUCGAUUUGCACUUUACUUUCUUCAAAAUACUCGAUGACAGCUUUAUGAUACAACAAAGAAGCAUUGAUUUCAUAGGAGUUAUUGCAAAUGUUUGCCUGUUUGUACGAGAAACUUUGUCUAACAAAAUGUUGAAAAAAAAAAAAACAACACAGUGAAUAAGUAAUACCACUGAUUUGCUCCAUCGAAUUUUGUACGUAUUUUUACGGAUAUCAUCUAACAUUUUGUCAUUUUAUAAUAGAAAUUUUGAAAAUUCAUUUCUUCCUACUUAACGGUAAUUGUAUAUUUACAUUGCGUUGUAUUAUAAGCGCAUCAUUUUUUUACAUUUUUCUACGUUUGUGUGUUUAUCUGUGUUUAACGAAGCGUUAAACAGAUAGCAACAUAAUAAUCGAAGAAAAAUGUUACUUAAAAAGUUAUAUCUACAUUUCUUCCUAUGAAUCAAAUGAAUAGAAGAUCAAAAAAAAGAAUACAACACCCGUGAAUAAGGAACAGAAAAGGGUAAUAAACGCGUUGUAUAUGUCCUUUCAUGAACAGAGAUUAGUAUACUGAUGUGUACAUUCACAUUGCUCUAAUUACAGCAAUAUCAUAUUUUCCUUUUUACAAUACUAUGACGCGAUAAAUCAUUAUUUUAGAAAUUGAUUUGUCAGUGGAUCGUUAAUAGAAGAAGCAAGUAUUCUAGAUCGUAUAUUAUUUAAAAUAAAAUUAAUACAUUCAUCUUAUUAUUUAGAAAUUAUCACCAAAUUGAAUGUUGAGAGUAAAGAACGAAUCUGUGGGGUUAUAUUUGUAAUGUAAGUAAGUACCUUGUAAGAGAUAUCACAUGUUAUAAUUGUAGAGUACUAUAAACUGUUACAGUCUUAUAGCGUAUUAAACAUAUUCAUUAAAAGCUCGUUAAUUUUUGCGUUUAGUACUUGACAAGUAAAAUUUUAAGGCAAUUAGUCUGACGUAAUGUAAGUUUAAAGUAUAUGUAUAAAUGAUAGCCUUAAAAUUUAACUUGAUGAAGUAUUUCAAUUGAGGGUGCUACAGUUUUGAGUUUAAAGCAUAAAUGGAAUAAAUGCUUGGCGAAUUUUAUUAUCAUGAAAGUGCACCGAGAUGGGGGGUCAGAUUAUUCAUUUUUCUUUCAUUUAAUAAUUUCACAAAGUUUAAACUUUGAUAUAGAUCAAGGAUCAAGAAUUUAAAAAAAAAACCAUGUGACAUGCGUUGUAAAUUAUGUAUCAUUCAAAAGUAUAUCGUAAAUUAUAUCGACCAAUGUUAACGUUAAAAUUUUUUAUAAAAUUAUGUCAGAAACCAUAUUUUGAUUCCUUGUUUACAUAUUGUGGUUAAUUGUUCGUUCUGUUGAUUAAAAACAAUGACGGCCCCGGAAUCUACCGUGCUAAUUCAUUUCGCACACACGUAUGAAGAAAUCAGUUUAUUUGAAUAUUUUAAUCUUACAUUGAUAUAUUUGAGAUUCAUUAUAAAUGAUAUCUACUAAAUUACGCAAAACAAAAAAGUGUACGAUUUUUUAGACCAAAGCAUUUUUUAGUCUGUGAUAUAAUAUGAAAGAUAUAUACUGCUUGCGUUAAUAUGGGAGAGUGUGUGUGAGAAGUAUUUAAUUUCUAAUCUUUUAUUUUCCGCUUUAUAGAAAGCAAUGACGAUGAAUGAUCCCAAAACAAAUGGUAGCUCAAGUAAUAUAUACAUUUUCUUAAUAAUAAAAAGAAAGAAAGGAAGCUAAAGUAAUUAAUCAGUCACAGAAACUCUGGCAUUUAUUCAAAUAUUAAAUCUGAUACGAAUCUAUCAAUUCUUAGUAAGAAGUGUUAUCAAUUUCCGAACGCGAAAUCGAUUAGUCCAACUAAUUGUAUUUUUACAAAACUAUUAUUAGAAGAGAAUUCAUUUUAUAUUUAAUAUCAGAAGUAUUUUUAUUUCAGCGAAUUUUGUAUGUACGGAUAAUGAUCUUUAUGGUAAAAGAAAAAAUGGGUACUGGCUUAGAAUUAAGAUAACAAUUUAUAUUAACGUUAUUCAAGAUACAUUUUGUAGAUUGUAGAAGAAACGUAUCUUUGCGAGUAUAAGAGUGAAACGCGUGAUUCUGUGUAGUUGCUUGAGAGAAAAAUAUUUCUGCCACUAUAUUUUAAAGUCCGUAUAUAUUUGAGAAUGAGCUAACCAUUACGAGUAACCAGGUUUUGAUUCAUUAAAGAAGACGUUGACCUUCGCUAUACAUAUACAUAUUAAAUCGAUCAUGAUUUCUUACGAUUUAUCUAGACAUAACUGUUGAAAUUAAAAAAGAAACGAGUAAUAUUAAAUUAAUAAGUUACGGUAAGUUUUUGUUCGUAUAUGUAUUAAAAAUAGAUGCAUACAAAACUAACAAAGUUAAGAAAAGAAGACAGAAAGUGAUUUAUGUAGAGUAAAAUUUUAAUUGUUUCCGGCGAUUAUAAAUGUGUGAUUAUGUGCAUACAUAUACCCAGUAUGUAUAGGUACCACCAGUUGCAUACUUAAAUACACAAAACCAUACAUACAUACAUGCAAAUUACUAUUAUAAGAAGUAGCACGCAGAAUCGAAUAAAAAAAAAAGAGAGUAUGAUCGAUUAAAAGUAUUGCGUUUAUUAUAGAAAAUAAUCCUAAUGAAAUUCCUCAGAUAUCUGUAAUCUAAGUUCUGAUAAUAAGUUUUUAUCAAAAUUUUGAGCUACACUUA